GGGCGAGUGCGUCUGCCCGGAGGAGGGUGGGGGGCCGGCCCACCUGGGGAGGGGAGCGCCCGGAGGGGGAGGGUCGCCAGCGCCGCUCCAGGUCAUGCGUCGGGGGCGCCAUGGACCCCAGGCAGGGGUUCUCCCUCCACAGGCACCCAGUUCGAGGCUGUGAGCCCAGCAAGCUUAGACACCAGCAGCCAGGGCCAAGAUCUUACCCGAAUAGUUUCCAGCUCCAGCAAAUAGAGUUUCUCAGGGGGCGGCUCCCUGCCGUGCCCCUCACUGGAAAGCAGACCCCUUCGCUGCCACCGUUCGCCCCUGCACUCUGGCCGCGGUUUCCAGGACCACCUGCCCGUAGCAGGGGACUGGAGACCUGGGGUCUCCCCGGGGGCGUGCCUCCCAGAAGUCAGGUGCUCCAGAGAGGGUCCUGGUGUCCUGCCCCACGUGGCAGGGCUUUGCCGAGGAGAGGCGUCGACAGGCUCUCCUCACGUUUCCAGGACCUAGGUAUCAGCCAGGGCCAGGAACGGACGGUCUUAGAGCUUUUGCGGGAGCUGGGGGAAGGGAAGGCGGCCACAGCACAUGAUCUGGCUGGGAAGCUCGGAGUCCCAAAGAAGGAAGUCAAUCGAGUCUUAUAUUCCCUGGCAAAGAAGGGUAAGCUCCAUCAGGAGGCGGGAACGCCCCCCUUGUGGAGAAUCGCCCCCGCGGUUCAGGCCUGGAACCCGCGUAGCCAAGUAGCCCGCGCAGACCGUGCUGGCCGGGACGCUGGGAACUCGGACCCGGCUUUGGACCCCGAAGACCGGAGCUCCGAGUCUGAGUCGGAAGCCGCUCCUGAGCCUUCGGACAUGGCUGAGAUCAAAGAGAAGAUCUGCAGCUACCUGUUCAACGUGUGCAACGCCUCUGCCCUGAACUUGGCCAAAAACAUCGGCCUCAGCAAGGCCCGAGACGUCAGUGCCGUGCUGAUCGACUUGGAACGGCAGGGGGACGUGUGCCGGCAGGGGACGACCCCCCCGGUGUGGUACCUGACUGACAGGAAGCGCGAGCGGAUGCAGGUAAAGAGAGACCCGGACGGCGCGCCCGAGGCCGGUCCGGCUGCCGUCCCCGAGGCCCAGGGAGACGUGGCGCUCCCGCCCCGCGACGCGGCCGUGCCCCGUGCCGCGGACGACGCGGCGGCCACAGAAGGCGCGGAGAACGGCCGGGAACCUGCCGCAAAGCCGGAGGGCGGGCGGGAGGCCGCGCCGGAGCCGGCCAGGCCGGAGCCGCCCGCUCAGGACAACGGCCCCUCGAAGACAGGGUACGUGGACUUUGAAAACGGCCAGUGGGCCACGGACGACAUCCCGGAUGACUUGAACAGCAUCCGCGCAGCCCCAGGUGAGUUUCGAGCCAUCAUGGAGAUGCCCUCCUUCUACAGUCACGGCUGGCCGCGGUGCUCGCCCUACAAGAAGCUGGCGGAGUGCCAGCUGAAGAACCCCGUCAGCGGGCUGCUGGAGUACGCCCAGUUCGCCGCGCAGCCCUGUGAGUUCCACCUGCUGGAGCAGAGCGGGCCGCCGCACGAGCCCCGAUUUAAAUUCCAAGUCAUCAUUGGUGGCCGAGAGUUUCCCCCAGCAGAAGCUGGCAGCAAGAAGGUGGCCAAGCAGGACGCAGCCCUCAAAGCCAUGACCAUCCUGCUCGAGGAGGCUAAAGCCCGGGACAGCGGGCGGGCAGAGGAGCCCUACGACUGCUCCGUAGAGAAGGGGCCGGAGAAGACCACGGAGUCCCAGCCCAGCGCCACGUCGGCAACGCCCUUCUUCUCCGGGAAGAACCCCGUCACGACCUUGCUAGAGUGCGUGCACAAGCUGGGGAGCUCCUGUGAAUUCCGCCUCCUGUCCAGAGAAGGCCCUGCCCACGACCCCAAGUUCCAGUACUGCGUCGCUAUGGGAGCCCACACCUUCCCCACCGCGAGUGCCCCCAGCAAGAAGGCGGCGAAGCAGAUGGCCGCAGAGGAGGCCAUGAAGGCCCUGCACGGGGAGGCCACCAGCUCGGCGCCUUCCGACACACAGCCCGGAGGCGCCAGCGUGGAAUCGUUUGAGAACCUGGAGUCCGGGAUGCCCAGCAAGGUCAGGAGGGUGGGCGAGCUCGUCAGAUACCUGAACACCAACCCCGUGGGCGGCCUGCUGGAGUACGCCCGCUCCCACGGCUUCGCCGCCGAGUUCAAGCUGGUCGACCAGUCCGGCCCCCCGCACGAGCCCAAGUUCGUGUACCAGGCCAAAGUCGGGGGUCGCUGGUUCCCGGCCGUGUGCGCCCACAGCAAGAAGCAAGGCAAGCAGGAGGCGGCCGACGCGGCGCUCCGCGUCCUGAUUGGGGAGGACGAGAAGGCCGAGCGCAUGGGUUUCACAGAGGUAACCCCAGUGACAGGGGCCACUCUCAGAAGAACUAUGCUCCUCCUCUCGAGGUCCCCAGAAGCACAGCCAAAGACACUCCCCCUGACGGGCAGCACCUUCCACGACCAGAUAGCCAUGCUCAGCCACCGCUGUUUCAACGCCCUCACCAACAGCUUCCAGCCCUCCCUGCUCGGCCGUAAGAUCCUGGCCGCCGUCAUCAUGAAGAAGGCCUCGGACGACCUGGGGGUCGUGGUCAGCUUGGGGACAGGGAACCGCUGCGUGAAGGGCGACUCUCUCAGCCUGAAGGGGGAGACGGUCAACGACUGCCACGCGGAGAUCAUCUCCCGGCGAGGCUUCAUCAGGUUCCUCUACAGCGAGCUGAUGAAGUACAACCCGCAGACCGCGAAGGACAGCAUCUUCGAGCCCGCGAAGGGAGGCGAGAAGCUCCAGAUCAAGAAGACUGUGUCCUUCCACCUGUACAUCAGCACGGCCCCGUGUGGGGACGGCGCCCUCUUCGACAAGUCCUGCAGCGACCGUGCCGUGGAGAGCACCGAGUCCCGCCACUACCCCGUCUUCGAGAACCCCAAACAGGGCAAGCUGCGCACCAAGGUGGAGAACGGGGAAGGCACCAUCCCAGUGGAAUCCAGUGACAUCGUGCCUACGUGGGACGGCAUUCGGCUGGGGGAGCGACUCCGAACCAUGUCCUGCAGUGACAAGAUCCUGCGCUGGAACGUGCUGGGCCUGCAGGGGGCGCUGCUGACGCACUUCCUGCAGCCUGUGUACCUCAAGUCUGUCACCCUGGGUUACCUGUUCAGCCAAGGGCAUCUGACUCGGGCCAUCUGCUGCCGUGUGACCAGGGACGGGAGUGCCUUCGAGGACGGACUGCGGCCCCCCUUUAUCGUCAACCACCCCAAGGUUGGCCGCGUCAGCGUGUACGACUCCAAGAGGCAAUCUGGGAAGACGAAGGAGACCAGCGUCAACUGGUGCCUGGCUGACGGCUACGACCUGGAGAUCCUGGAUGGGACCAGAGGCACCGUGGAUGGGCCGCGGAACGAGCUGUCCCGGGUCUCCAAAAAGAACAUUUUCCUCCUGUUUAAGAAGCUGUGCUCCUUCCGGUACCGCAGGGACCUGCUCAGACUCUCCUACGGGGAGGCCAAGAAGGCGGCCCGCGACUAUGAGGUGGCCAAGAACUACUUCAAGAAGGGUCUGAGGGACAUGGGUUACGGGAACUGGGUCAGCAAGCCCCAGGAGGAGAAGAACUUUUACCUCUGCCCCGUGUAGCGGGCCGGGCGCCGCAGGGUGGGCGCGAGGCGGGCUGUGCUGUCCUGUGGGGGUGGGGGUGGGGGCAUGCUGGGGACACCGGGAACUGGGUUCCUGCGUGCCCGGCCUCUGGGGGGGGUGCCCACCCCUGCCCUGCCUGCGGGGGCGGGGGGAGGCGCGCCUUCUCUUCCCGCCACGCAAGCACGAGGGUCCUCGCCCACGACCCGCCCAGCCCCACUUGGCUCCCGCUGCCCCUCCCUGUGUUUGCCAUCGACCUCUUGCCAUCUUGGCCGGGGCCCCGUCAGCUCUGAGUCCUGGCAGGGCUGGGGGCUUCAGCGGCAGACUCUGUCCGCCCCUCCCACCCCCUCCCCGCCGGCUCCCCGCGGCCCUUUUGCGAUCCCCUCCUUCUGAUCACGGAGUUUCUCCUUUUCUCCCAGAGGGUGAGAGGCGAACUUAAGCGGGCGAGACAUCUAGGAGUCCGUCAGUCCCGGGGCCGUGGGGUCAGCGACCUUCGGGCCUUGCACUUUAGCCGGCACAGGGGGCGGGGCGGCCGGGAGGGCUGGCGCAGCCUGGGGGUCCCCCGGCGAUAGCAGAGGGCCCUGUGGGGCGACGCCGACCACCCAGGGGCACAGACCCGCCUCGCCAAACCGCCAGGCUGCAGCUGUCCUCCUGAAGCAUUCCUAGGGAUUUGUCCUGCCAGCAGGGGACAGCAGGGCCACAGACCCCAACCCACUGGUGGCAGAAGUCCUCCGAAACAGGUCCUCCCCGCUCAGAUAAUCAGGACUUAGAACAAGGGCACAAUGUCGCGUUGGGUCAGAUCACUGUACCGCCCGCGUGUUUCUCGUGACCGUGACGCCAGUGAAACUUGACAAAGUCGUGGGUAAAUUAAGAGUUUUUAAAAAUGUCAUAAAUGUUGAUUCUUAACUGCUACAGAUAACCUGUAAUUGCACAGAUUUAAAAGUCAGACUUAAUUUUCCAUUUAUCCAAGUGCUUUUGUCUGCGAGGUAGCUUCAGGAGGGCCGGUCACAGGCCUGAGGUCUCCUUGCCCGUCAAGGAACCUUUAGAGGCUGACACUCCGACAGCAGUCGUAGAUGAAACAGCAGCUCGUCCUAAAGCCCCGUGAGGUGGGACCCCGUCCGCACCUCCAGCCAGCGUUGACUCCCGUGGUCCCAGCCUUCCGUCCCCCCGGAGUCCGGCUCUGGGCCCGAGUCAGCCGGACGCGCUCCAGACCUGUGCCCGGGCCCUGCCCCUCCAGACCCGAGCCCGCCUCCGGGUGGUGGCCGUGUGUGUCCGAGAACGCUCCACGCCAGCGCCCCGAGGAGCCUGUCCCCCGCCCCCCGCACCCCCACACUACUGCCGAGGCGGCCCCGUCUGCCCCCACCUCUUCAGCGGUAGAUACGCCCCCCUUCACACUUCUGUUCCUGUGGCUACUGUUUCUUCUGUGCUUUUGACCAAAAACUGACCAAAAUAAAAAAAAAACCCAAGUUUUUAAAGCAUACUGAAGAUGUGUUUGUGGAACAGCCAAGCGUCCCGAGGAACCGGUAGGGAACCGGUGCCCGUCCCCGGGCGGAGGCGCCUCAGAACCUGCGGGCCCCGCUCCACCUUGGGUGUUAGGACCCCGGCUCGGACCCGGCUGCCUCCUCUUUAACUGGCAGCGCGCGGCCCUCAGAACCCCAGCCCCGCGCCCCGAGGUCAGAGGAGCCGUCGCAAACUUGUCGCCUUCGGUUUCUGCUGUAGGAAGAGGUUUCUGCCGGAGAUGCUGCUGUGCGGGGACGUGCCCGCCCCCCCCCCCCACCGCGCCCCUGCACCCCCGCCCGCCCCCGCAGGGCUGGACGGGGCAGAGCUCCCUCCUGCCCUGCUCUACUUUCUUGUCCGGUGUUUGUUUUUAGUAACCAGGACGCCCUCUUCCUUUUUUUUUAAAUGAUCUUUGUAGUUGGUUCGUCCGGACCAUGGCUGUCGUGCCCCCUCCGGUUAUCGCUUGUGAAACGUGUCACCGCUGAAGCUAUUUCCUGUACUCACGUGGAGAGGCUCUGUGGGUUUGGGUCCUGGUGUGACCCCAGGCGCUGGGUGGGAAGAGCCCAAGCUCAGGCUUGGUGUGGCCGUGGCUGCGGUUCUGCUCUUAUGUGUCCCUCGGUAACAGUGACUCACGUUAUACAUUCCUCAGAAAUAAAAAAGGAGACUCUGAAUUGUUA